AUGUUAAUUCAGAACUUUGUGAUAGGUGAAAUCCUACUUCCGCCUCAUGAUGAUGAUGAUAAUGAUGUGACAUUGUUCAACAACAUGAUGAGAGACUUGUCCAACAACUGCCGAAAAGAGUUUGGAACUAUCGGGAUAUGGGGAAAUCAACCAAGUUUUCUAAAAGAUGGUGAGAUGGAUGUUGUUUUGAGUAAUGACGACUGGCCACAUAAAAUUUCUCUUCCACAUAUAAAAUCUUUCGAGAUUUUUAUUGACGACUUGUUCCACGAUUUUCCGUUCAUAAGAACAAGAAAAUCAGGCGAUCGACGCGAAUUAAUAAUCUUGUUUGUUUUUGAUAGAAGUGGAUAUUAUUGGAAACACAAAUUAAACGACUUGAUUCCUAAUAUUGCAGGCGAAGACUACACCAUGCAAAAUACAUUACUUUAUUACUGUUAUGUAACUAAUGAAGGAAAAAUUGAAAUUCUAACCACAACCUCUUAUACGGAUUCAGCACCAGCAAAUUGGGUAAAGGUUCAAGAUAUUUUUGUUAAUAUUUAUUUUUGGGACUUACAUUUUAGAAUUUAUAAAACAAUGUAUAGUAGCUCUGAUAAUACAACAGAUCUUGAGUUCUGCAAAAAUAUCUUCUUCGACCGAACUGAACAUCUUUUUGGCUACACCAUAAAUAUUGGGUAUGUUUUUCCGGUGAACGAUACCGAUAACUUCGAUGUAAAACCAAAAGAAUCAGUGAAUCAAUUGAUAAAUAAAAACACUCCCACAAACGAAAUAGUUGAGCUGUUGGGUGAAGAGUACGGAAAUUACAGCCAAUGGUUUAUGAAAUCUUUGAACAUUUCAUUAAAUAUAACUAUUGAUUUUUCACGAUCAUCUGAUGAAGAAAAUAUUGGAAUUACGCUCCGAUUCAAUUUACUCAAACAGUAUAUUGUUCUGCAACCUCUUCCGCAGUCCAUAUUCAAUGGAGAUUACGAUUCUAUCUGUAUAUCAUAUCCAAUUCAGUAUUUUCACGAUGUAAUUGUGACUCCGAACCGCAGUCUAAUGAGCCCUUUGGAGAAAAUGUUUGAGUUCUACGGUUGGAUGACUAUCAUCGCUACCAUCAUUAUCUUAUCAUCGACGUUUCUGAGACUCUAUGACUCGGAUUUCAUCGCGGACGGACUGUUGAUGGAUAAACUUGUGACGAUAGAUUCCUUAAGAGAUGACUGGUUAACCGACUGGUUUAUGGGUGAUAAUCGCACAGCUUUAAUUGAUUAUGAAGAAAAAUUAAAUCCGUUAAUACUCAAAUACAAUUUCUACAAAUCGAAGUCAUAUCUUAAAUUCGACUUCUCUACACUAGUAAUGCGAGGAAAUUGGGGCUUACGAGAGCGAGUUAAUAAAGUUAUAAUGAGGUGGACAGAAUCGCAUAUUCUAACCCGUUGGCACGAAAAUAAUAAUCAACCAAUUAGAAGAAAAUUCGAAAUAAUUCAAGACCGAGCCGAAAAUUACUACCGACCUGUUGAAUUUGGAGAUCUCUCUUUUGCAUUUAUUCUUUUAGCUUUUAGAUUACUCUUUGGAGUCCUUUGUUUUGUUAUUGAAUUGUUCUACAAAAUAAGUCUUGCAGUGUGCAACAAUAAGCAACCAAUAAAAAUUUACCUGCUCACAGUAAGUCGAACAUUUGAAAUGCGAGCAAUAAUUGCUAUAGUUUUUAUUCAAAAUUUUGUUAUUGGGCAAAUUCAAGUUCCUCAACAAGACGAUAUGGAUUGGUUCAUCAACAUGAUGAAAGACUUGCUUCAUAAUUGCGGGACGGGAUUCGGAACCAUCGGAUUGUUCAAUAAUGACAGAAUUUUCCUGGCUGACAAUGAAGCUGAUAUUGUUUUGUUAAACGACAGUAAUGUGCUAUUGAAACCACCAACCCGAGGAAUUAAGUUUUUCGUGAUAGUUCUUGACGACUUGAAUCCAACGAUGCCUGAAGAGCUCCUAAAUAAAACAUUCCCGUUACUAGCGAUAGAAACAAUGUUUGUUUUCGAUAAUCGUAAAUUUAAUGAAGAUUCUACGAUCACUACGAUCAUCAGUUCAUUCCUUUGGUUUCAAAAACAGUUUGAAAAUUUUAAAGCUUUCUAUUGUAUCGUAAGAUCAAGAAUCCUUGGAAUAAUAACCGUAAACGCUUUUGCGAAUUUCGCUCCGCCAUUUUGGAGCAAGAUAGGCGAUUAUCCCUAUAAAGAUAAUGGUGUUUCCCAGUUAUGGACAGUUUUUGAAGCUCAUUACGAUACAAAAACUAAACUUGACUACGGUUCUAAGCUCUGCGAAAAUCUUCUCUUUGAUCGUACGAAAAUACUGAACGGGUACACGAUAAAAGUAUCAGUGUAUGUGCCGAAGAGACUCCUCAUAAGUAAACGUAAAUACACUAAAGACUCUAACAUAACUGAAAUGGGGAAUAGAAUGGGAAAAUUGCAAGCAAAAACAAUCGGAGUCUUUACUAAGUAUUUGAACAUCUCUAUGCUUACAGUCUUCAACAGUUGGAAUCACUCUGCCAAUGACAUUUACCCUAUGUUAAUAGAUCGUCGUUUAGAAUUGAGUCUAGUACCCGCUCUACCUGAGAAAAAAUUGGCCGGCCUUAUAUUUUAUCUAUCGUACCCACUCAAAUAUUUCUAUGAUGAGAUAAUAACCCACAAUCGUGGAUUUGCGUCACCUUUGGAAAAAAUGUUUGAGUAUUAUGGAUGGUUAAUAAUUGUUGCUACUAUCAUCAUUUUUCUGAUGACGUUUACCGUUAUUUAUCGAUCAAAUAGUGAAAAUAGUUCAAAAUUAUCAUUUUCCAUCUUCGAGUGCUUGAGAUUAAUGAUAAACAAUUCGUUGUACACGCGAAUGGACACAAUUAAGAUCCGAAUAUUUUUUUCUGUCAUAUUUUUAUACUUCCUUAUUAUCCAGGCAACUUUUUCCGGUCAUCUCGCGACUUUUUUGACAAAACCUGUGUACAGAAAAAAUGUUGAGACUCUGGAAGACCUAAAGGAUCCUCAUUAUACAAGAAUUUACGCACGUAUCGGAAGCGAAUCUUACAUAACCGACCCAGUUUUGUUGAACAAAACUGUUUUUGAAUCGGAAAGCAAGUUCAGAAAGUAUAUCUCUGAUAAAUCUGUCGCUUAUAUUAGUAAAAGUCAUAACUCAGAUAAUGAAAAAGCUCGCUACAAAAUGCACACCCCUAAAAAUCCUCUAAUAGUCUACUGCUCUACGCUUAUUAUGCGACAUAACUGGCCUUUGAGACAUCGCGUUAAUAAUCUCAUCAUGGCGUUGAUGCAAUCUGGAAUAAAGGACUUGUGGGAUAAAGAAAAAUCCGAUUCUAAUAGACCAAUCAUUGAAUUCUUCACUGGUAAAAAGGAAAAGUAUCCUCGUCCUAUAGAGAUGAGAGAUAUUAUUUUUGCAUUUUAUUUGCUCGGGCUUGGUCUUUUUUCUGCUGUUAUAUGCUUUACAACAGAACUUCUAACUAAAAAUUUUUCUGCAUUGAAAAUACAACUGCUACAAGAUUUAAGAACGAUAAAGCAAUAUAUUAUCAUUAAUGUGCGUCGAAAAACUCGUUAA